AUGGCAGGUUCAAACGAGAAGAAUGCGCAGCCUCGCGGCUCCUCAUUUGGCCCUGCAACCUGGCAGUCGAACCAAAUCUGGGGUAAUGGAUCGAUAAUUGGUAGCUCAUUGAGCUCGCACCGGGAGACAUCAGGCUCAAGAGGCAUCACAGGCUCACAAUUGACUGGCCUAACAGCGUCAGAAGAGGCUCUAUCUAACGUCCCUUCCGGCUCGGCCCAGCUGAAUCAUCAUUCCGAAGCCGUUCAGUGGCCAUCAAGAGGCGCGAUAUGGAAUCGACCCUCAACCUCUUCACACGGACACUCGAAUUCCGGCAGUACUUCGCCUACACGCACAAGGGACAGCUUUCAACAGCACAGCUUCCCCGACGCCAACAGCAGCGUCCGGAGCUUCCAACCACGGACCUCGGUCAGUCAGAAUGGGCCGGGCCUUCAGAAUAGGACCAUGCCUCCUGGGCCGGCGGACAACUCUGGAGCUCCUUUCCGGUAUACGUCUGCUUUCGGAGAAUCCGUUGGCGAGGAAAGGGGGAACCCUGGCUUGUAUGGGACGAUGGGCAACUCUCAGCUCGGGCUUGAUGCCCCAGGAAUCUAUAGGCGCAACUCUACCGACCCAAACUUCUUGAAUCUCGGGGCCACUCGAUCAACCAGCCUAACUUCACGCCAACCGGAGACCGACACAUCGACACCUCCGAAUCUCUACGGUGAGAGCUCUCAGUAUCCUUUCACCAAAGGAUCUGGCCAUUCCAUACCCCAAGGUCAACGCUCUUCUGUCCGUAACCAUUCUGCUGCUCUGUCAUCAGAAGCAAGCCGUGGUAAUGCAUACUAUGUCCCUGCCGGUGCUAAUGAUCAGGACCUGGACGACGGUUUCAACCGAGCGCUCAACCUAAACGAUAACUCUGAGUCCGCUACGCCAUCCGCAGGUGCGUACGCCCACAAUGGCUACCCUAACCCGGCUAGUCAGCCUUUCCAGUUCAACCCUGGCUCUCAACCCUGGCACAAUGAUCAAAGAAACAAUGGAGGAGGUUUUGGACAGGGUGUACAGCAGGAUGCGUGGGCGGAGCCUAUGAACGCGCAUUACGGCUCCAAGAGAGGUUCCGUGGAGAGAAGCUCGCCUGCUGGAAGUUCCUACCGCCAGGGCCUCAACAGUCCACGAGGGUUUACAGGAACCCCCAAUCCGCGACCUGACCCAUGGAAUAGGCCCGGAUCAUCACGAGACCGCAGAACGCAACAGGACGUGGACCGGCAGUACGGCGCCCAGUACGGCUCGCAAUACUCCCAGCAGGCAGCUGGUUUCUUUCCAACCCCAUACUACAACUCCCACCAAAUUCCCAGUUACCCGGCAGCGUACGAAAACCCGUACGCGCAGGUCAAUGGCUUCCGACCGCAGAUUCCUACCAGUAGUUAUGGCCUGCCUACCAACUUCAUGCAAAGCGUCCCGAUUCCGGUCCGGCCCAGCCGAGAUAUGGAUCCCAGUAGAGGUGCUCGCAGUGUUCUUCUCGAAGAGUUCCGUGGAAGCGCCAAGUCAAACAAGAGCUAUGAGCUGAAAGACAUAUACAACCACAUAGUUGAGUUCAGUGGUGAUCAACAUGGCUCGCGGUUCAUUCAGGAAAAGCUCCAGACAGCGAACAGCGAUGAAAAGGAGCAAGUGUUCAGGGAAUUUGAGCCCAAUGCUCUCCAACUCAUGAAAGAUGUGUUCGGCAACUACGUCAUCCAAAAGUUCUUCGAGCAUGGCAAUCAGGUGCAGAAGAAAGUCAUUGCGGCGCAGAUGAAGGGCAAGAUUGCAGAGCUAUCAACCCAAAUGUACGCAUGCCGCGUAGUCCAGAAGGCACUCGAACAUGUUCUAGUCGAACAGCAGACCGAGAUUGUCGAGGAACUCAAAUCCGACAUCGUGCGAAUCUGCAAGGACCUGAAUGGAAACCAUGUGAUACAGAAGGUCAUCCAAACGCUACCUCGCGCCUGCAUUCCGUCCAUUUUGAAUGGCUUCCGUGGUGGAAUAGAAGGAUUGGCCUCUCACUCAUACGGCUGCCGCGUCAUUCAACGCAUUCUAGAGCACUGUACAGAUGCAGAGAAGAAGUCUUUGAUGGCGGAUCUCCAUGCAUGCGCUCCGAAACUCAUUGCGGACACGUACGGCAACUACGUCGCGCAGCACAUCAUCGAGUUUGGCGAACCAGAAGACCGGUCAAGGAUGAUCCGUCACGUCAUCGACAGAGUGCUUAUUCUGUCGAAGCAUAAGUACGCAUCGAAUGUGGUCGAGAAGUGCAUAGGGUUCGGGACAGCCGAGGAGCGCAGCGCCAUCCGCGUUAAACUCACUGCACCACCGAACGGUGACGGAAUCAGUCCACUGCUGAACAUUCUGAAGGAUCAAUAUGGGAACUACGUAGUCCAAAAACUCUUCCAUUCCCUCAAGGAGGGAUCAGAAUAUGAUGACUUGAGGGAGGAGGUGAGACCUCUUCUUCCGGCCCUGAGGAAGCAGUUCAACAACCGCCAGAUGGCGGCGAUUGAGAAAAUCGUGGGAUCCUCCCCUGCGACGACGUCAACUACGAGUGCGGCGGGUGUUGCGGCCGCUGCUAGUCCCGGCACGCCGUACCUUCAUGUGGACGUCAACUCAUCUGCACCCACCCCUUCACUCACCAUGGAGCAGAACAGUCCGCAGAGCAGUAGCCCACCAAGCACGAACAUCAGCACCGUGGAAGAGGUGGUAGACGACAAGACGCGCCUUGUGCAUGAGUCCGGCCUCGAGCAAGGUUGCCAGACGGUACAGGUCGAUGAUGAGGCUUAA